AUGGAGUCGUCGACGGAACAUCGUCGACUAGGUGAGCGUGACGAUGUGGCGGCUUGUCGUAAACUUGGAGAAGGCGGAUGUGGAGUGAUUUACGAAGUGGCUCUCAUAGCAGCACCUCAUCGACGCUUCGCUUGCAAGGCAGAAGAUCAAGAUGGUGGCCGAGAAGAGGAGAUCCUGAAAAUGGAAGAGAAAGUCAUGCGGAAGAUCAACGAAACCAGAACUAUGCACUGUCCGCAGUUCAUCGAAAGUGGAAAG